AUGCAAACUAACCGCUUUCUGCACAAUUCAAAGCACAUUUUAUCCCCGGGCUUUGAUUUAGCGAUUUCAAAAGACUCAAACCUUUUCGAAUCCUCACCCUCAGAUACAGUUAUUGCUAGAAACUUGCCAACUCAAGCAGAAAGGAUAUUGGAUGCUCCUGAUCUCUUAGACGAUUAUUAUUUAAAUUUAUUGGACUGAAGCUCCUUAGACACAUUAGGUGUUGCUCUUGACAAUUCUAUCUACGCAUGGCACAAUGGAGAAGUGAGAGAAAUCAUCAAUUCCCCAGUCACCAUUACAUCAUUAUCCUGAAUGCCUGGAAGUCAUUAUCUCGCAGUUGGAGACUCUGAAGCUGAUUUAAGUCUUUACGAUGCUCAAGUAGGUCGAAAAAUCAGAGUCAUCCACGCUCAUGCUGACCGAAUCUCAAGCUUAUCUUGAAAAGGCAGUAUCCUAUCCUCGGGCAGUCGAGAUUCCACAAUAAUCCACCACGAUAUGAGAGCCAAAAACUUCCAAAUGCAAAACAAAGGCCAUUUCCAAGAGGUCUGUGGACUUAAAUGAAGUGAAAAAUAUCUUGCUUCUGGCGGAAAUGAUAAUCAUUUGAACAUUUGGGAGAUUGGCUACUCUAAGCCUAUUUUUAGCUUUAAUGAGCAUAAAGCUGCUGUAAAAGCAUUGGCUUGGUGUCCUUAUGCAGCAGGAGUUUUGGCAUCUGGGGGUGGCUCAGCUGACCAAACUAUAAAACUUUGGGAUGUAGCAAAAGGAGUAUGCAGCAAAACGAUAAAUACAGGCAGCCAAGUUUGUGCACUAGAAUGGAAUAAGCAUGAUAUGGAGCUUCUAACUCCCCCCCCCCCCUCCGUGAGCGAACAAAACCAUUAGAAAAAUCGCCAUUUUUUGACCAAAAACCCACCCUCCGUGAGUGAACAAAAAAUUUUUUUAAUAGAAAAAAUUUUAAUGGAAAAAAAUUUUGAUAUAUAAGUGAUAAUUAGUAUAAUGAAAUCUAGAGCUAAUUCUGUUUAAUUUUAAACAAAUUGCGUUUUAAAACAUAAAUUUUGCAAAUUAAAUUAAUAUUUGCUUUCCCAAUUUUUGCAAAUUAGGAUUUUUUUAAAUUUCGAAAAAAAAUAUUUUUUAUAAAAUUUAUAUAUAAAUUUUUUUUAAAAAAAAAAAUUAACCCCCCCUCCGUGAGCGAACAAAAAUUUUUUUGUUCGCUCACGGAGGGGGGGGGGGGAGUAAGUGCCCAUGGAUUUGCAGAUAAUCAACUUACAGUAUGAAAAUAUCCUCAGAUGCAGAAACUUGGGGAUGUAAAAGGGCACACAGCAAGGGUAUUAUAUUUGGCACAAAAUCCUGAAGGAGAUACAGUGGUUUCAGCUGGGGCUGACGAAACCAUAAGAUUUUGGAAAAUUUUCAAAAAAAGAGAGAAAAAUAAAAGCUUGGAUCUAAAAUUCUCAUGUAGAUAG